AAAAACCAAACUUGAGUCCUUUUUUGGGCUAUAAAAUGUUGGGUUCCUUAAUGAAUCCGCAAGGCGCAAUGUGUGGUUUGAAGUUUGAACAUGUGAAUCUGAAUAACUUCCUUCGCUAACCUUCCCCUUUCCAACUCAUCCCUCCACCAUUACUUUGUCCUUUUCUUCACCAUUAUAACAUCAACCCUUCUUCCUCAUUUCCAUUUCCAUUUCACAGAAGAAUGGCGGAUUGGGGGCCGGUGUUCGUGGCCGUGGUGCUGUUCGUUCUCCUAACCCCGGGAUUGCUGGUUCAGAUGCCCGGCAAGAGCCGUUUCGUGGAAUUCGGGAAUUUCCAGACCAGCGGCGUCUCCAUUCUGGUUCAUUCCAUUCUCUAUUUUGCCCUCAUCUGCAUCUUCUUGUUGGCCGUCGGUGUUCAUGUCUAUAUGGGCUCCUAAUUCCUAACUCCUAAUCCAACAUCCAUAUUCCUGUUUUCUCUAACAUUUUGUCUCUUAAUCAAACAUAAUAUGGUUUUAAUCUAUCUGUCUGCUACAUUGCCCCAUUCUGUUACUUUCUUCUAGGGAUUUGAUUUGGUAUUCCUGUAAUUGAAUUAGAAUGCGUUCAAUCGAAAAACAUUGGAAAUUUCACUGCACUUCCAAGUUUCUAUUGGUACUGUUUAACUGUGUGAUA